AUGUCUGACGUACAAUAUAAAUUUCAUCCAAAUAAAAGAGCCACCAUCAUCACUGCACCAUUUUCUGGUGGACAACCCAAGGGAGGAGUGGAAUUGGGUCCAGAAUACAUUUUGAAAGCCGGGUUUGAAAAACAAAUUAAGAAUUUGGGCUGGACCACCACUGUUGAACAUCCUUUGGAAGGAACUAAUUUCGAACUGAAGAAAUCAAAUGAAAAGGAUGAAUACGGGAUUAAAAAUACCGUUAUAGUGAAUGAAUGCAAUAAGCUUUUGUUUGAUAGAGUGUUGACCAAUGCUAAUCUGGGUAACUUACCGGUGACUAUUGGUGGCGAUCAUUCAAUUGGUACCGCUACCGUGAGUGCCAUGUUGGAACACAAUCCAGAUACUUGUGUAUUAUGGAUUGAUGCCCAUGCUGAUAUUAACAGUCCUAAAAUCACAGAAUCGGGUAACUUGCAUGGAUGUCCCUUAUCGUUUGUGAUGGGAAUUGACUCGGAGUCUUAUCCUCCAAUAAUGCAAUGGAUACCUCAAAAUUUGAAACCCGGGAAAAUCGCUUACAUUGGGUUAAGAGACGUUGAUGAUGCCGAAAAGAAGAUUUUAAAACAAUAUAAUAUCCCGGCUUUUUCAAUGUUUCAUAUAGAUAAAUACGGGAUUGGCAAAGUUAUUGAAAUGGCUUUGGAUAAGGUUAAUCCAAAUCGUGAAUACCCAAUCCACUUAUCCUACGACGUUGAUGCCAUUGAUCCUUCUUUUGUCCCAGCCACCGGUACCAGAGUGGAAGGAGGAUUAUCCAUGAGAGAAGGGUUAUUUGUUGCAGAAGCCGUGGCUGAAACCGGGUUAUUGGGAUCCUUGGAUAUCGUGGAAACCAACCCCAUGUUGGGUGAAACCGACGCUCAUGUCUUGGAUACCGUGGGUGCUGCUUGUGCCAUUGGUAGAUGUGCUUUGGGUCAAACUCUUUUAUAG